AAAGCGACACACGGGUUAUUCGUCGCUUUCACAUGUAGGCUGCUAUGCUGGUUUAGGUUGGUUUUCUAGUCCGUUAUUUUGCAUUUGUUUUAAUUCUGUUUUUUAUGUCAUUUCCUCUCUAGGCUCUCAAUAUGAGCUUUAUUUGAGCAAAACUAACCUCAUUGAAAGAGGGUGCAAACUGAUCUUAGACGUAACGCAAGCUAACGAUAGCUAACGAUUCGUGCAUACCUGCAAACCAAAGCUAACGUUAGCGUGCUUCUCCGUCGGUAUCGAGUGACCGAAGCUUACUUACACCAACGUUAGAAUGGGUGAGGAAACCAUCGACAAACCCAUUCACACUGCUAGUGAAUCUGUUAAUAACACCAAUAUAGAGGGGAACGGCGAAACGGCAGAAUGUGUCAAAUAUUAUACAUUAGAAGAAAUACGAGCGCAUAGUAUGAGCAGUGAUAGUUGGCUCAUCAUCCACGACAAAGUGUACGACAUCACAAGUUUCCUUGAAGAGCAUCCGGGAGGUGAGGAGGUCCUGCUGGAACAAGCCGGGUCAGACGCCACGGAGAGCUUUGAGGAUGUGGGGCAUUCCACAGAUGCCAGAGAGAUGCUCCAGCAGUACUGCGUAGGGGAGCUUCACAAGGAUGACAGAAAAAAGGAGGAGGCAAAGGAUGACCAAUUCUCAAACUCCGAGUCUAGCAGCUCCUGGACCACAUGGUUGAUAUCUGCUAUUGCAGCAGUUGCCGUUGGUGUCGUGUAUCGCUACUACCUGUUGGAACACAAGUCUUCUUGAGCUGACAUCAUUUUUUUCAUCACAUUCUUUUCAUCUGGAGGCCUUAAUGUCCAACCAAAAACUUCCUCACGCUGAACGAGAGUGUCUGCAUCCUAGAAAAAGAGCUGAGCUGUUUGAUGAAGUGCUUUUUGUUCCUUUCCAUCUUCAUUGAGUGCACCAAACAAAGGCGAGGACUUUAUUAAAUUGCCAGCCUUCAGUUUCUUUUUAUUUCUUGGUCCCUGCCUGUUAACAAUGCUGUCCAUAACUUAAAUUUUCAAAUGCAUUUUUGUCAAUAACUUUGAUAACCAUUGGCCUGCUCAGAAAAAGGUUUUCCUGCCUAGUUUACAUGCACAAUCAUCUCUCACAGCCAAAUGGUUGAUAUCAAUAUGCAGAGUGAAAAGAUGAGGGUAAUAGUUGAGAUGCUACAUUCUACUUUUUACACUAAGUACGGAUUUCUGAUGCAUUUUUGUUUUAUUAAAGUACAACUAAACAUUUGAAUGAAGUAAAAAUGUUAAUGAUACAGAACCAUAUGAAUCAGGAGUUUAUUGCAUUCACUAUUCAACACAUUUCUAAUUUAAAAUGGCUUGCUUGCAUUUAUUGUUUGUUAAUGCAUUCAAAUGAUGUAAUGUAACUGCAGUGUCAGAUCUGUUCUUUAGUUAGUUAUGCUAUCAGUGCUUAUUUAGUGUGUGUUCUGAUGCGUCCUAUUUUUCUAUAGUUCUGUUAUCUGGAAUUAGUGUUUUAACUGCCUAAACCGUAUAUUGAUAUACAUUAAUGUAUGUAAGCCAGGAAUAUUUUAUUAUCUAGUUACAAUGCUGUGCAAAAACCCUUGGAUCAAUAACUUCACAACUUGGUUUCCUUGUUAUGCAUCUUUACUCAAUGCGAGUGGUCCUGCAGCUAUCAGAGGGUUUGAAUUGUUAUUAAGUCUGGUGUGUUUCAGGCCACAGAGCAUAUAUAUGCUCAAUCAUUUGAGUUACUCAACAUCUUUAAUUUUCUAGGUUGCUGUUCAGUUGUUGGUAAUGUUAAAUAUGCAAUGAUAAGGUUUGCAAAGCACUUUUCAUUUCCCAUGACUAAUGAAACAGCAACUACAACACUUUGACGUCCACUUACCACCUAUUUGUGAAUCUAACUUGCUAUUUUUGCAUGUGACUAAAAUAACUUGGAUGUAAAGAUCUAGUUUACUGGCUUUAAUAAUUCCCAUCUCUUUACAGUUCAAUGGUCAUUCUCUGUCAAAGGUCUAUGAUUAAAAUUCAUCUUUCAAAAGAUAUGUAAAUGGUGUGCUACUUAAGACGUUAUCACACUUAAUGUCUCAUAAUUUAACUGUCCUUUUAAAAUGUCCCUUCUUGCUUGUAAUUGUCAGACAAAUACCUUCCUGACCUAUGAUGGGUAUGCUUGCCAGAGAGGACAGACAUCCAAUAACCUCUGCUCAUGACAGAAGACUCAUGCGUUAAUUGCUGGUGGUCCUCUUCUAUACUGCAGCAAAGUCUGAUACAGAUUAUUGAAUUACCAACAUGGUAGGACAUGACAGGUUGAUGCUGGGAGAAAGGAAUACGGCCAGACACAGUAGUUUGGGCAACAGCUGAAUAUUAGUUAUAUAUAGAUUGUUCUAUUAUGGUUGUAGGCAACAAUUCUAUAGUAGCAAAAAGAAAGUCAGUGCAUUUAUCUGUACCUUGGUGGAAAGUGUGAAAGAGCAGUGACUGAAUGAUCCAAAAUGACAUCCGGAAAGUAUUCCCAGUGUUUCCCUUUUUCCACAUUGUAUUACACCCUUUUUUUUUAAACGAAUAAAAAUAUAAGUCACA